AUGUUGUGCGACGAUUUUGAAAAAAAACAAAGCAUAUCACCUAUAGAAUUGAAACCAUUAUUUGAUGAUAUUGUUCUUGAAUUGAAACCAUUAUUUGAUGAUAUUGUUCUUGAAUUGAAUGACAACCCAGCUAUAAAUAAUCGCUGCCAAAUAGUUCAUGCAUUGAAAAGUGUACGCGGUUUAACAAUGAUUGGUCCGUUGAUUGCAGACCAUGAGCUUUAUCAUAUUUUACGGAACACAUUAAGUGAUAUAUUGAAUAAAUGGCGGCAUAAAAACAACAGCUUAAGUGACCAAAACGAAUAUUUAUUCGCGCAAAUUAGUGAUCUAUUUUUAAAAAUGAUCAAUCACCUGAAACAUACAAAUGGAUCACCAUUAUCGACAUUUAAAACAUGGUUAUUGAAUGAGAUUUUUAUGUAA